CUACAAACACUUGCAGCUUGCAACAUAACUUGGACUACUUGUUGAAUGCUGCAAGUGGUCUCGACCAGUGAGUGCCGCCAACGCCACCAACCAUCGCUAGCAAAAAUACUGAAAAUUGCCAUAAAUGCCGCUGCAGCUUCCCAAAACAGCCAGCCGACCCGCAGACCCAGAUGAAUGCCCCACUCAAAAUGCUGUUCCACAACAAAGGCGCUAUAUUUUCGGCUGCUUUUAGUAUAUGGCUAAUAUGCUGUUGUUUACCCGGCGCCGAACCACUCGUUGUGCCACAGGAGCUGCCCUCCAUACUAUCGUUAAUCUAUUCGAAUAUACCACCUAUUAAAAAAGGUACCGACUCUCGCCUCGGCUUCGGCUUUCGUCUCGGCAAUCAUGCCGACUUUCAAGUACUACUCGAAUUAGGACCACAGAAAAACACACGUCCGAUCGGCGAGAAUGCUGAUUCGGAAAAUAAUUUUAAUAAAAGACAAAUUAGCAAAGCGCAUCGAGACUAUCUGCUGCGGAAGCAGGCACAAGAGGCGCUCAAACAGCUAACCAGUAGCACCACCACUGACGCCGUCAGCACAAUCACAUCAACCGAGCCUACAGCUGCCAGUUGGUUGGAGAAUUGGUCCAAAGCUAUGCAUUCGAAUAUGAAUAGCAACAACAACAACGACGCUAGCGCUGGCAUUGCGGUGAGUAAAAAGAAAUCAUCGCCGAAAUUUACACAAAUCACAGCGAAAAAGCACCAACAGCAACAACAGUCGGAGAAGUUGCAACCAAAUUUGGCUGAUGGAGACAAGUCAAUGAUGCAGCUGCAAAUGCUGUAUCGAAUGGCCACCACUACUGCUCCAAGCACAACAACAACGGCACCAGUUACAAAUUCAGGUACGGAGGCACCAAUAACCAUCGUCACACCGGUGCCAUUUAAAGGAGGCCCUUCGAAUUUAGGCGGCCCUGCGGGUUUUACGCCACGUCCGCCCGAGGAGUUGGCAUUGCAAACUAUUUCAGAACAGCAGAGUGAGAGGAAAACUGAGAGUGAAAUAACAAAGGAAUUGAUGAAUGUGAGCCUCGAGGAGGAAGAGUAACUCCUUUCCGGUUAGUUUCUGUUAAAUUCGAAAUCGUACAAAUUUGUAAAUAUAUACAUACUUAUAUUUUGUAAAAAAAGAUUAACUCCAUUGUGAAUAAAAAUUAAGCAAAGUACA